UAUCGAAAACACGAUAAGUAUUACGAUAUUGAAAAAGUUAUUUUAAAACACGUACAUCCAUAACCAUAUUAACCAUGAGCGACUACGAUGAUGACGAAUUACCGCCGAUAUCCGUUAACAUAUUCGACAGCCAAUCUAUGCAGCUAAACAUGCCCGACGCUGAUGUACUAGCACUGCAGAGGGCUCAAGAAGCGAUGCGUGACAUGGAGAUCCGUCGCCUGCGCGAGCAGGCUUGCCGGCUAGAGACCGGGGAGGUAGCAUUAUUUGGCACGGACUCCUCAGGGUCCGAGGGUGAAGCCUCUUUAGCAGCAACUUUGGACCAAUUAGCUGUCAUUCCUUCAUCACCUACAGACACUGCUCUGCCCCCAUUAGAUGCUUUGUUGGAAGUUUUUGCAGAGAAUGUACCAGGGGAUAAGGAAUUCUGUAGAGAGCUGUUGCAGUGUUUAAAGGAAGCAAGGAGUGAUGCGGGCAAGGUGGUUGAUUGUCUAGUCACCAACGUGACGCUACUCCUCACCUGUGACGACACAUGGACGGACGAGGAGUUCCUCAAUGUGUGUGUGAGCCUGCUGAGCGUGUGUGCGUGCGGGGGCGGCGCGCGGGGGCGCGGAGCGCGGGGGGCCGCCGCGGUGUUGAGGCAGCUGGUGGAUAAUGUGGCUAGUGAGACGCAGCUCUUCCAGCUAACCUCUACCAUCGUCUCAGCCUCCAUUCCUUCAUAA